AUGUUUGCGAUUCGAGGGUUUGGGGGCUUUAGCCUCUGCCAGCGACUAUCGGCUCCAUGGGGAUUUCUUUAUAGGUCUUAUGCGACCAAAUCCUACGAUCCGCUGCGGAUUCUGUUCUGCGGCUCCGACGAGUUCAGCAUUGCCUCCUUGAAAGCUCUCCACGCCUAUCAUUUGAAACAGCCAGACCGCAUCUCCUCGAUUGAUGUGGUUUGUCGACCAGGGAAAAGAGUUGGAAGAGGGUUGAAGAAGAUUAGAGAAGUGCCGAUCAAGGAGGCCGCAUCUGCUCUGUCUCUCCCAAUCCAUGAGAUUGAUACAUUUACAGGAUGGGCACCCCCGGUUUCUUCGAAUGGUCCUGUUAACCUGAUCAUCGCGGUGUCGUUCGGUCUUUUCGUACCACCCCGUAUACUAAACGGUGCCAAAUAUGGAGGAUUGAAUAUACACCCUUCGCUACUUCCAGACUUCCGAGGCCCGGCACCACUGCACCAUACGCUGCUGGCCGGUCGAACCACAACUGGUGUGACACUUCAGACCUUGCAUCUCAAGAACUUUGAUCAUGGAACAAUUCUCUCCCAAACUCCAGCCCCAGGGGUUGAAAUCCCUAACCCCAAUUCAUGCACUGUUCCAGAGCUACUAGAUCUCGUCGCACCGCAAGGAGCGCAGCUACUGGUGAAUGGUAUCCAAGAAGGACUUUUUGUACCGCCAGUCGCAGAUGGAGGGUGGCAGCCUGCUGAAGGAAACGAAACCAUAAUCCACGCAGCCAAAAUCAAGCCCGAAGAUAGGCACAUCGACUGGACGAACUGGUCGUCGGUCGAUAUCCGCAGAAGGAUUCGCGUUCUCGGACCUCUGUGGAGCAAGGCCCUCGUUGCAAGCCACUCUGCAGAUGGGUCUCCAUCAUUCCAACAGAAGCGAGUGAUUGUCACCGAGACAGAAGAAGUAGACCCACCCCAGGGGAGCGACUCGUUCGCCCUUCUGCCCGGUUUGCCGUUUGCAAAUGGCCCACAUCCCGCCGAGGCGAAGAAAGGACGAUCCCUCUAUGUCUUUACUCUGGACGGCAAAGUGCUCCGUAUCAAUCAAAUGAAAGUGGAAGGCGAGCAAGCUGCAGAUGGACUACGGGCUGCCAUCAAGGCUCGCAUGUUCGGUGAUCGAACUUUCCAGUCGGGGGGUGCUGAGUUUAUACCCUUUCGCAAUCCCCUCGCAUGA